AUAAGCGCUCCUAGAAAAGCUUCUCACCAUGUAGUCAACUAUGGAGUUCUCUGACGCCCAGCUUUGCAUUCUCAUUGAUGAAUGAAAACAAAGAAAUGCUGAGUAUCAUGCUCUGAGUAAGAAGAAAUAUUUCUUUUGGGAUAAUAUUGCUGGAAAAUAAACAAACAAGAAAAUAUAAAUUACUUCACUGGCGAAGAUUGUUAUAAAAAUUCUUAAGUCUCAUGAAAGCUUUUUACACAAUGAAAAAAAUAUAGAGAAAGAACUGGGAACAAGAGAAAGUUGGGGAGAAGUUAUAUGAGGAGUUCUCAACGAAGCCAGAACCAGGUAAUUGUUUCUGGGAAAAUAAGUGAGUGGUACCCAAAAUUAACACAAUUUUUUUUUCAUUUGCUAGAACUUCCAUUCGAAUGAAAAUAUUAGGUCAGGGUUCACCUUCAACGGCCAAGUUGUCUUCAAGAGUAUCUUCGAUCUCUACACCUGAAUGGUUGAGUUCUGAAACUGAGCAAUCAGUUCCCCCUCGUAGCAUAUCUAAGAAAUCAUCAAAAGUUGACAAGGAGGUGCCAUCAAGAUCAGUGACACCAUCCAUAGAAGAACCUGCUGUUUCUAGGCCUGUAACACCUACAAUUCUUCCUUCCUUUCGCAAAACACGAAUGUAAUUAAUGUCAAGCAGAGUUAGUCUGUUUUUUAUUAAGUGGCGGUUAUGUUAGCUACUAUUUUUUCAGGGCGUGAACACAGUGGGUGGGCAGGGCACAAUAGAUUACAAAACAAAUGUAUUAUUCAUUAUUGUGAUAUCGCUUGUGAAAUAAAAAUAAAGGUAUAGCAGGAAAAUCGUGUAUCAAAAUUUAC